AUGGCGAUUCUUGAGGGAUUUCUGAAAUCAAUAGCUGGAUUUCUGCAAACGAAAAAUGCUGGCGAACUCAAACACUACCUCAGAGUUGAGCCGCCUUUACCAGAUGAGUUUAUGCAACUUGCUAAGGAGCUGAAAAGCUCUUGGCAGAAUAGUGCCUCCCUUGAGGCAUAUGUAGAGAAGCUCAUUCCUGAGACGGACGAUGGAGGUGUAUGGACUGGUUUCCAGGUUUUCAUGAAAGAAUAUCUUGAGUUUUGGAGAGAUGUCAAUUUCGAUGAUCUCCUCGAGACGCAUUCGCAAUUGAGCGCUUUGGUGAACGCUUGUAUUACCGCCCUUUCGAAUCCUACAUAUGGGAUUGUUGUUUUACCCACUGUUAUCCAGCUGUCAGGAAACCUCGCCAAACUCGGGGUUAUGCUUGAUAGUCGUCCAGACUUGUUACGGAAACUUCGCAAGACGACUGACGAUCAAGCAGAAGGCGGAAAGACUCUCGUCGAAGGGACUGCUGAAUCAAUCCAAAGAGCUUUCACUGUAUGUCUUACUGAGAGAAGCUCAAAUCGCAAUGGUAUAGGACGCGAUGGACAACCAGAGGGUAAGAAAAUUGGAAUAUACUCCUUGGCAAACAUGGUAUUGAAACUACUCUUUCAGUGCCGCAAGACCAAAUUGGCAAAUCAAAUCUUCAUGAACAUCACUCAAAACUCUCCGCCACUAGCACUUUAUCCCGCCAGUCAAAGAGUUACAUACCUUUAUUAUUUAGGAAGGUUCCUCUUCGACAACAAUCACUUUUUCAGAGCUCAAUUAUGUCUUCAGUCUGCCUACGACCAGUGCCAUGCCAGGUGUAUAAAUCAGCGGCGCAAUAUUCUCAUCUAUCUUUUCUCAGCCAACAUGAUUUUAGGCCGUUUUCCAUCUAGGACGUUCAUGUCUCGACCGGAAGCAGCCGGUCUGUUGGAGAAAUUUGUGCCCAUAUCAAAAGCAAUCCGAAGGGGUGACAUGGUCGCGUUCAAACACGCUUUAGGACCUGAAUCCGGAAAUCAAGAGUGGUUUUUCCGUAGAGGGGUCUUCCUACCACUGCUCUCUCGCUGCGAAGUCCUAGUUUGGCGCUCACUUGCACGGCGUGUCUUCUUGCUCACCUACCAAUUUCCCACUGAUCCCCAGUCGCGAAAGGCACCGACUCUUGAUGUCACAGAUGUGCUAGCAGCGGCAAAAUACUGCCAAAAGACUUUAGAGGGGUGGACGCGACAGUCAAAUAAUCUGGUUCCGCCUCCAGGUGGCCCUAAAAAGCUCCGAGCGCAAGAGGGAGUCAUAUUCGGAAACAAGAUGCCGAAUGCUGUGGAAAUAGAAGCUGUACUUGCAAGUCUUCUACAGCAAGGAUUCCUCCAUGGCUUUAUCAGCCAUAAUCAAGAGAAGUUUGCCAUUCUCGGAGCAAAGCAACGUGGUCCACUUAAAGCUGGAUUUCCUGAAGUUUGGGAAGUUCUUAAAGCGCGUGCGGAACGCGAAGGAAGAAAUAGUGAAGUUCCUGGCUGGGUACAGAAUGAACGGAAGGGUGGAGGUGGAGUAAUUAACCUCAGUGGAAUUGCGCGGCCGGUGGGUAGCGGAUGA